AUGAGUGGAGGCAGCUCUACAAGUACCAGCGGCUGGAGGAACGGGCUGUUCCCUCCACGAGGAUGCCACGUGGUCGUGGUUAGCAGUGUGCCAUCCGGUGACGGUGGCUCUGUCGCCACAGACGGUCGUCCAACCCCGGGGGGGGGCAACUGUUCUGCUGUUAGCGAACUCUGGUACCUGGAGUGCCCAGCAGGACCAAGCUUGCCGGGCGAUGUUAUCGGCUCCUCUGCUUACUUAAUCCCUUGGUUGACAUCACCACCACCUCCAUCCUUUCCUUCUCGGCACUGCAGCCUGCAGCCUGGCGUAUCCUGGAAGGGAAGGCGCUGGAGGGCUCUUGCCAGAAGCUACCAGGGCAGCCACAAAAAAAGAUCUGAACGUUAUCCACCUUCCAAACACUCAAAACAUUGCGGUUCAGGAGGCAGCCCAAAUAUCCCCAGAAGAGCGCCCACAAGGAGAAACAAGCUUGACCUCCAUGCCAUCAUCAAGGUCCCCCUGACCACUGAGUCGGCCAUGAAGAAGAUAGAAGACAACAGCACACCUGUGUUCAUUGUGGAGGUCAAGGCCAACGAGCACCAGACUGAACAGGAUGUGAAGAAGCUCUAUGACUUUGACGUGGCCAAGGUCAACACCCUGAUAAGGCCUGAUGGAGAGAAGAAGGCAUAUGUUCGACUGGCUCCUGACUAUGACGCUUUGGGUGUUGCCAACAAAAUUGGGAUCAUCUAAACUGAGGCCAGCUGACUAACCCUAAGUAUAAGAUUUUUCACUAUUAAAAAAAAGGCAUUGCCCUCUGACAUCCUUCCCCGCCUAGUGUGGUGUGUGUGGUCCGACCCGAGGCACUGGGGGCUGGGGCCUGGGCCUUUUGGAGAGAAGGCCCUGAGGGGAAGGCCUCAGGCAGGGCUAGUAAUCUGGUGAGGAGGCCCCCGGUUUUUGUAUUUUAUUUUUAAAUUUAAGUGGCGGAAGGACUCACGCAAUACAAACACAAAUGCGGACCUGAAAGUACCUAGGCAACUUGAUAAGCGUUUUGUCACAGGAAUCAGGACAUUAUCAUGAGGACGUCUGGAAUUUAUAAAUAAUGCCCUCUUUCAGGAUGUCAGCUCUAACCUCCAGUCUGACCGCUUGUUAAAGCAUUAGGCUGAGUCAAGCUAGAAUAACUGCUUUCCAAAUAUUUGACAAUGGAAUUAAUCUUGAACUCACUGUGGAUCAAUGCCUUUUAUUUUUAUUUUUUCCAGGCUUAUUGAGAUAUAAUUGACAUAUAACAUUGUGUAAGUUUAAGGUGAGCAACAAUGAUUUGAUAUAUGUGUAAGUUGUGAAAUGAUUAUCACAAUAAGUUUGCCUACCAUCUAUCACCUCACGUAACUACGAUUGUUUUUCUUGUGAUGAGAACUUUUGAGAUCUACUCUCUUAGCGACUUUCAAAUAUCCAAUCCAGUAAUGUUAACUGUAGUCCCCCUGCUGUAUAUUACAUCCCCAGGAUGUAUUAAUGCUAUAACUGAAGUUUUACCUUUUGACUACCUUGGCUAAUCUUCCCCACCGCCCCACCUCUACCUCCGGUAACCACCAAUCUGUUCUCCAUUUAUCCGAGCUCGGGUUUUUUUAGAUUCAGCAUAAAAGUGAGAUCAUACUCUGUCUGACUUCUUUCACUAGGUCCUGGUUCUGAGAGGACUGUGGGCACCU